AUGAGUAAUAUGGUGAAUGCAGCAGAUAACAUGAGGAAUAUUUGUUUUAGCUUUUUUAAGAGCUCCAAUAAAAAUUGUGAAGAAGAAAAAAUUAUUAUGGGAGAAAUUGAAAUGGAAGAAGUAGAAGAAGUGAAAAAAGUGGCAGAAAUGGCACAAGAGGAAGAAGUGGCGGAAGUGGAAGAAGCAGUAGAAGUUGGGAAAUACACCAAUAAUGCAACAUAUAAGGGAAAUGGUGUAGAAAAGAAUAUGAAAACAUAUCACGAAUUGGAUAGUAAUAAUUGUGUGGAUGCUAACAUCACAGGUGUUGCAGACAGUGAUGAACAUUACCAAUUGGAUGAGGAAAAGUUUGUUCUUAAUGUGAAAGCUGGAGCUGACAGUUGUAGCAGCACAACUGCAACUCCGCCAUGCGAAGGCAAAUUGAACGAUCAGAAAUACAGUACUUAUGAGGAAAACGACAGUGAAAGCAUUUCCCUUUUAACUACUAGAUUGUUUGAAGAAAAUUAUGGUGGAAGAGAAAAAAACAUUCAGAAGGAGAACGAAGAAAAUCACGUCGUUAAAAAUGUAAACGCAGAACCGAAUCUCAGCAUAUAUGAAGACAUGAAUAUGAACCCGUACGACAAGAAAACAUAUAACAACACGGAUUUGUACAACCACGUGCAUGCGUAUAGCGACAAAGAUGUAUGUAACGAGAGAGAUGUAUAUAACGAGAGAGAUGUACCUAACGAGAGAGAUGUACCUAACGAGAGAGAUGUACCUAACGAGAGAGAUGUACCUAACGUGAGAGAUGUACCUAACGAGAGAGAUGUACCUAACGAGAGAGAUGUACCUAACGAGAGAGAUGUACCUAACGAGAGAGAUAUGUAUAAUGAAACUGAGUAUGUGCAUACAAUGAAAGUUCAUAUAAGCAAGAAUAGGAAAGAAGAUAAAAAAGUGGAGAAAGAGGAAAAGAGAGACUUGAGGGGAACGCAUAGGGAAGGGGGAAAGCAAGAGGCAUGUUGGUGGGUGGAUCAGAGUGAAUUCAAUUUAUACAACAAUAUUUCAGGAGAAGCGAAAAUAGAGGAAGGGACAAAUUCACAGAGGAAUGUUAAUAAUGAUUCUUUGCUAGGAUGUAACCCAUGCAAUGAAGAAAAAUGUAGCAUGGGUGAUGAUAAUUUAGGGAAAAAAGAGAGGUUGAAUAAUUAUGAAGAAAAAUUAAGUAAUUCAUGCCGAUUUUUCAUUUACACUUCGAACCCAUACGAUUCUGAUAUCAAAAAGAUUAAGGAGAAUUGUCUUACUAUAUACCAGCUUUUAUAUACUGGGAAAAAGAAAUGGUGUUCUAUUUAUAUUUACACAAAUAAUGGACCAAUGUCAAAUUUUAAUUAUCAUUUAUAUAAAAUUUUAUGUAGUAAAGAAGACAUAUAUAUGUAUUUCUUUUUAUUAAAGAAGUUUAUAUUUUCCUGUUAUAUAUACUUUAAUUUAGUGAGUAUAAAAAUAUUUUCAACAUUUACAAACAAGGGUGAUAAUAUCACUCUUUAUGACUUUACCCAGAUAAUAAAUCGAAAAGAUACUUUCUUAGAUGAGUCUUCUGGGGCAUCUGGAACUCCUUGUAGUUACACUUCUUCUCACCUGGGAGUGGGAACACUAUCUGAGUCAGUAAAUCAGAAGCAACAGCAGCAGAAUCAGUGGGGUGAAGCCUUUGGAAGAAGAGAUUAUAUGGAUCGAUCACCAUCGCAACAUAUGCAGUCACCUACUCUUGUAGAAUAUGAAACAAGGAAAAGCCCUUCCUCCAGCAGAGGGACAACAACCAGUUAUAAGAGCAAUAACCAUUUAGCAUGCACGUGGAAAAAUGAGAAGGAAGAAUGGAAUAAUGAUGAAUCGGAAAAAUGGGAAGAAAACAGUAGAAAUAGUAUAUACAAUGUGAAGGGCGACGAAAAGAGUAAAAUUGAUGAAGAAGCACAGUUUUUGAAUUUUUUAUAUGAUCCUUGUAAACAUUUAUAUGUUAAUAAAGUGAAUUUAUGCUCGAAUUAUUUUCAUUUUUUUAAUAAGGAUCAUUCAUCAGAUAUUAAAAAGAAAUUACAGCUUUUUAUUAGUACUCAUUCACCUACUAUGAUUAAUAUCACAAAAAAAUGGAAUUCCUUUUACAUAAACAAAAGCAAAAUUUCAUCUUUUGUUGAGAAAUACAAAGAUGUAAAUUAUUCAUCAGUAAAUAAUUUAAAAAAAAAUAGCACAGAAAAGUUUAUAAAUGAAUUUGUAGAAACCUUAUGUGACUUACGGGAUGAAGAACAAAAUGAACAAUCAUCCCAUGAUGACACAACCAGGUUAAUGCUUCGUCAAAAUCGUAUGGAUAUGCAUCUGAGGGGAUGGAAGAGGAGGAGCAUCUCUCCAUUCAGUCGGUUCACAAAGAAUAAUAAUAAUAAUAAUAAUAAAAGCUGUCAGAUAUCAAAACUAAGAAGGAAAGAUUAUACUACUAGGAAAACACAUUACAGAGUUAAUGAAUUCGGGACAAGUGUUACUGAAACAGACAAGUCUGCCAGAAAUAUGAUUGACAGUAGAAGAGGGGUCGAAGAGGAAAGGAGAGACAACAACGAAUGCUCUCAAAAUAUAAUUCAAAAGAGAAGCAAUACCCAUUUUGAUAGCAGUUACGUGCAGCAUUCGUUUGAUGCUUCGGGUAGUAGUAACCCUGUGAGGGGUAAAAAUCUUAAGGAUGAUGUUACGUGCGGAUUGGUGGGUGAAGAUAGUGUAGAGAAGUGGGAGCAACACCAACGGAAGCAGAUUGGGGAUCACUUCAAUAAGUUUGCAGAGAUGAAGCAACAUGAUACAACAGAAGGAAAGCAGGAGAAUGGUCUCUCAGAUGAUAUGGAUAGGAAACAGAAUAAUAACCACCACUCACCACAGGGGCAGUGGUGUAAAGGCGUUAGGAGCAAUUCAGGUUGCACUGCAGAAGUUAUUGCAAAAUUUUUGGGAAGCGUAAACAUUAGAAGAAGUGGAAUCCUCUUACGCAGAUGUAGUAGUAGUAGUAGUGGUCGUGGAUUCAAAGAUAGUGAUGUUAAUUAUGAUAGUUGUGAUAGUGAUGAAGAGAAUACCGAGAGUGAAGAAGAAGCAGAAGGGAGUGAUGAACGUGCAGAAAGGGAUGAAAAAGAAGAAGAUGCUGAGGCAGAGGAGGAGAUUGAGGCAAAGGGAGCACAUAGUCAACACAACGUGAAAGAAGAAGGGGUACUACAUAACAAAGGAUUCGUGCGGAAUAACAUAAUUUUAAAUAAUUUAAACAUAUUGAUAACUGAUUUAAAUGAGCUACAUGAUUAUUUAGAAAAUUGCAGGGGAAGACAGGUGCAAAAGGAAGGAGAGGGUAGAGAUACUAAGGGAAAUGGGAGUAAUAAUUUCCUCAUUCAUGACCAUCUAAAAGGAUACUACUUACCCAAUGGCGAAUGUUCUGGGAUGAAGAAAGAAAAAAACUUGUUCCUUUUGAAAGGUGAAAAAGUGAGGAGGAGGGAGGAUGGAGAUAAUAUUGGAAGAAACAAUUUCAACAGAAGAUUAAAUGUGGAUAGUAAUGGAGGAGUAACAGAUUUAUUCAAUAUUGAGAAUUCAAAUGGAGGUAGUGUUUUCAAUAAAGGAAGUAUACAUGUUGAUCGUACACAUGUUGAUCGCACACAUGUUGAUCGCACACAUGUUGAUCAUACACAUAGUUAUGGUACAUGUGGUGAUUACACAAAUAGUGAUGGCGUGAACAGUGACUGUAACAACAUGCACGAAAGUGGAAAAGGAGAUUUUUACAAUGUUGAAAUAUCAUCUGUAGAUUUAAAGAGCUUCUGUUCCGUGUGUUGUGGAGUCCAAUAUGAUAAUUACGAGAAUAAUUUGAAUCAAGAAAAAAAUGGGAAUUACAAGAAACUAGAUGUAUUUAUGAAAGAAAGUGAUUUUUUUUGUAACUGCAAUAAUAUUAAUAUAUUUCAAAAUGAAAAUGCUAACCCAAAUGAUGAAUUCAAAUUUUGUUUUAAUGAUGAUGAUAUGAACAAGGAAGAAUAUCACAUGUUAAGAAAAAAUGAUAUUGAAAAAAUGAACAGAACUAUAGAUGAAAUUAUAUAUAUGAAUCAUCAACAAGGAAUGGGUAUGACCAACGGGGGUGAUGAGUUACUUUAUGAAGAAGAUGAAGAAGAAGAUGAUGCUGAAGAUGAUGAGGAAGAUGAUGAUGAGGAAGGAGGAACAAUAGGAACAUCAGGAAGGGGCCGAGUAGUAGCAAGAACAAGAAGAAGAUCAGCAAGUAUUGGUGGAGCUAUGAAUAGUAUGGGUGUAAAUGGUACAGGAAGAAGAAGAGGAAGAGUUGGAAGAAUGGAACUAAAAGGUAGAUAUAUGGGAAGAAAUAAAAAUAAAAUAUGGGGUAGUAAUAAUAAUAGUAAAGAUUUAAGCAACAAAGCAGGAUCGAGUAGAGAAUUACGAAAUAUGAGAAGAAAUAAAUUCAGGAAAUAUCUUCAACAAACAGAAAAAAGAAAAAAAAAAACAGCCAUAUCGUUAUCAUCGACACAAAAUUAUGAAAUAAAAUCACCAAGAGUUAAGAAGUUAGAAAAGUUUACAAGUGUUGAUCAAGAAAAUUUGCGAGAAGUUUUUGGACCCACAGGUGUUUCAGGAGUUUAUUUUGAAAAAAGUAGAAGCAGUUGGACAGCUCAAUACAAAGUAAGCGGUGGGAAGAGAAGAGCGAAAAGAUUUUUAGUAACCAAAAAUAUGACUUAUGAAGAAAUUGAAAAUGUGAAACAGCAAUGCAUAGCUUAUAGAAAACAAAUGGAAAAAGAAUACAUGAAGGAAUUCCUAGAUGAAGAAAAAAAAAGGACCCCAUCUAGUGCCAGUACCACUAAUGCAAUUACGCAUGUUUCCCUAAAAAAGAACAAGAGGAAGAGAAAGAUGAAGAGUUUUUAUGAUAACUAG